CAAUUGAAACAAGAUGGCGCUCUUCAUCCUGAGAAGUUGUUGUAGGUUGCCGUCGUUACGGGGCUUUAGUCGCGUUACAAACCACGAAAGCGUCCUCCUAAAGUGGUGUGUAAAAUCCCAAUUAAGUGUCCUACCUCCCGACGGGGUCGGAGAGGCGGUGCGGGCGUACAGCUCCGACCGCGGUGAACCAAAACCCCAUCAGAAGGUGGUGGUCGUUGGUAUUCCCAACCCGUUCAUCUGGAUCCGGACACGGGUCUACUACUUCCUCAUCAGAGCCUAUUUUGAUUCCGAGUUCAACAUCGAGGAGUUCACGGAAGGUGCUAAACAGGCUUUCUUCCAUGUUUCCAAGCUGCUCUCCCAGUGUCAGUUUUCAGCUCUAGAGGGGCUGGUGGCCAAUGACUUAAUCGGAAAGCUGGAGGAGAAGUGCAACCUUCUCCCGCCGAACUACAAGAUGGCGUUGUCCGCCCGGCCUGAUGAGCUCAUGUACACCACGCCGGGGGACGUGGGAAUCUACUACGACGACAAGGGUAGAAGGUUUGUGAGUAUUUUGAUGCGUUUCUGGUACCUGACCAGCGCGCGUCUGCCCGACGAACCUCUGGAGGGGACUCGUAUCUUCCAGGUGGCCAUCGGCGGAGAGGGCGAAGCGGAGAGCAAGAGGCUACUAACCGCUAACUAUGAAUUUCAAAGGGAGUUUACCAAAGGGGUGGCACCGGACUGGACCAUUACACGGAUAGAGCACUCCAAACUUUUAGAUUGAGGCACAAUGAAAGAAAAUCCUGUGAAAGCUCCUCAAAAAAACUGAACUGUAUAAUGAAUGAAUCCGAAACAUGCUGUGUACUGUCUGCAAGGUUUCAAAACCUCACCGGGAGCAUUUUCUACAAGGAUUUGUAUAUGUAGUUCCUGUUUCAACCCAUAAAGUGAUACUUUUACUUUAACCUUUAGGAAGUGUGUGUGUGUGUGUGUGUGUGUGUGCGCGUGUGUGUGUGUGUGUUUGUGUGUGUCUGUGUGUGUGUGUGUGUUUUGACCACAUGAUCAAUUUUGUUGACCCAUGUGUAAAAUAAUGUUUAGGAUGAUAUUGAUGUUUUUAAUACUUGUUCUGGAAGUCUCUGUAUAUGUAAUUUCCAUUUCCAGCUGUAAAAGCAUAGCCUUAAUAUAACCAUUGUGAAAUAUCAAGACACUAGUUGGUCUUGACAGCAUGGGCCUUGACCGAUAUGUCACAACAUUGUUUGAUGAGAUCAAUAUUUUAAACGUGCACUAUAAGGUUUUGCAGUGAUUGUAUGAUUCUGUUAAUGAAUUGUGUGAAUGACCGAAGUUAGUGGUCUCACUGAAAAGACGACAAGCUUAGAUGAUUCCAUGGAAUCUUGAGAUUGAGUCAAGGUCGCAAACUCACGAAACAUUGCAGACUCCAAUGAUUCCAUUAAAUUCGGUGACUGACUCGAAUUAAUAGACUAAGUUGAUUCAGUUGAAUCGCCUACUGACUCGAGAAACGGGCUCUUCUUCUUUUCCUUUCGGCUUGUCCCUUUAGGGGUCGCCACAGCGCGUCAUCCUUUUCCAUGUAAGCCUAUCUCCUGCAUCCUCCUCUCGAACACCAACUGCCCUCAUGUCUUCCCUCACGACAUCCAUCAACCUUCUCUUUGGUCUUCCUCUAGCUCUCUUGCCUGGCAGCUCCAUCCUCAUCAUCCUUCUACCAAUAUACUGACUCUCUCCUCUGGAUGUGUCCGAACCAUCGAAGUCUGCUCUCUCUAACUUUGAACCUUGGCUGUCCCUCUGAUGAGCUCAUUUCUAAUUUUAUCCAACCUGGUCACUCCGAGAGCGAACCUCAACAUCUUCAUUUCCGCCACCUCCAGCUCUGCUUCCUGUCUCUUCAAUUCUCUAAUCCAUACAUCAUGGCUGGCCUCACCACUGUUUUAUAAACGUUUCCCUUCAUCUUAGCAGAGACUCUUCUGUCCGUUCGAACCUGCUUGGACCCGUUUCUUCACUUCCUGACCACACUCACCAUUGCGCUGGACUUUUGACCCCAAGUAUUUAAAGUCCUCCACCCUUGCUUUCUCUUCUCCUUGUAGCCUCACUCUUCCCCCACCACGCCUCUCAUUCAUGCGAUAUAUUCUGUCUUACUUCGGCUAAUCUUCAUUCUUCAUUGCCUCCGUCUUUCUAACUGUUCCUCCACCUGCUCCCUGCUUUCACUGCAGAUCACAAUGUCGUCUGCAAAUAUGGUCCACGGGGAUUCCAGUCUAUCCUCAUCUGUCAACCUAUCCAUCACCACUGCAAACAGGAAGGGGCUCAGGCCUUAUCCCUGAUGCAGUCCCACCUCCACCUUAAAUUCAUCUGUCACACCUACAGCACACCUCACCACUGUUCUGCUGCCCUUGUACAUGUCCUGUAUUAUUCUGACAUACUUCUCUGCCACUCCAGACUUUCACAUGCAGUACCACAGUUCCUCUCUGGGUACCCUGUCAUAGGCUUUCUCUAGAUCUACAAAGACACAAUGUAGCUCCUUCUGACCUUCUCUGUACUUUUCCAUCAACAUCUUCAAGGCAAAUAAUGCAUCUGUGGUACUCUUUCUACAACAUGUCCAUUACAAUCUGCACCAAUCACAACUCUCUCUCUCUCUGUCUGGGAUGCUCAGAACUACUUCGUCCAGCUCCUUCCAGAAUUUCUCUUUCACCUCUAGGUCACAUCCUACCUGUGGGGCAUAGCCACUAAU